ACCCGCUUCAGCAAAGAAAGAAAUCGAACGUCGGUCAAAGGUCAUGGCAAGAGUCCACAACAUGGCGGUGCAAUGAGAGCCUACAGACCCUCCUGUUAGACCUCUACAAUCCGGGAUGAGACAGCCAUAGUGACGUCAUUCCUGCAAACCACAUCUUAGUGCUAAAGGUUACCUUAAAGCAAAAUGGCACCAGUUACGAGGAAAGAUCUUCUAUGAAAAAGUAGAGACACUGAGAGGACUUGGAAUGACAACGUCGCCGUUACAAAAGGUUCCAGUGCGCAUGCUCCUCAGACUGACCGUGUGCGUGUUUGGGCUGAGUUUACUCCUGCUCAUCUUCGACAAAAGUAGCCUUUUUUUAAGAAGGAUCGGUCCUGUGACCUUUGCCCCUCCGAACCCACUGGAAAGACAUGUAGAUGUCAGUAACCUAACGGAAACACGGAUAUCCGAUCCGGAUAGUCCGGAUAAUCCGGAUAGUCUGGAUAAUCCGGAUAGUCCGGAUCCGGUACCUGCUGCCGUGGGUGAACGUAAAGCUACCUCAGACAUCAAACCGGAAACUCCGUUUCCCAAUCUGGAUGACCAACAUCCGGUGAAACCCGAUACCUCUGUCCGGAAUGUAACGGGGAUUCCGUCUUCUCACCAGAACGACCAAACCGGACCGGCGCCCUUUGAUGUUGCCGACCCCCUCGAAGGCUACAUCGGAGUGCCCGACGGGUCAAAGCAGCUAGGUCUUCAUUGUGGUGUGUGUGCUCUGGUAUCGAGCUCAGGUCAGCUGCUGCACUACAAGGCUGGGAACGAGAUAGAUGAGGCCGAUUGCGUCAUCAGGAUGAACGAGGCUCCCGUCCUCGGGUUCGAAGAGCAUGUCGGGAGUAGGACCAGCCUGCGCGUCAUGUGUUUCCGGUCCAUCAAUCUGGUCCCAGAGAACACCACUCUGUUCUCCCGUGCAGGGAAAUCCUCGUUGCUGGGGUGGGGACCCCCGAGGGACAUGGACACAAGGAAGGGGAAGGCCUACAAGAAACUGCAGAGACUAGAAACCAGGUACCCUGACUUGGAGGUCUAUCGGCUGACGGAAGACAGGAUGCGCUACGCUGACAGGGUGUUUGAAGCGGAGACGGGUCGUCCUAGGAUAAAAUCCGGAGCCUGGCUCAGCACGGGAUGGUUCACCAUGUUGGUCGCCAUGGAGAUUUGUGACGUCAUCAAGGUGUACGGAAUGAUCAGCGAGGACUACUGCAGAACCCAUCCAGAUGACAACACGUUGUACCACUACUUCUCCAAACGUUGGAACGAGUGCGGGUACUACAAGGCCCAACAGAAUGUCCGUAGCGGAGGGCAUCGCUUUAUUACGGAGAAGACCAUAUUUGCGCGCUGGGCGACGCAAAACAACAUCACCUUUCUGUACCCGUCCUGGGACCCGUAGGCAGUACUGGGAACGGUCUCUAGGUGGCGCAGUCAGUCUCAGUGGGAGCACUGUGACCACAAAGCACCGAGUUGACAGAAACUACUAGUAUCACAUUUUGCCUUAAUCGCGUUCAAGAGGAUGGGACUUCGUAAUACCCCCCUCACAUUAGGCGAAAAUCGAUCGGACGACGAGUCUGCGAGCUCUAAAUUAUGAGGAGGC